CCCUUGGCGUGACUUUUUUUUUGGGGGGGGCGGUAUUAUCGGUGAUUAUGUAAACUGGUGAUAACUUAAAUUUCGACGAGACUUGAUAUAUCACUGAAUUUAAUAUUCGCUAUAAUGUUUAUGUCAUACCCCCCGUCCCCCCAAACCCGUUAUAGUCACGGGAUAUACGACAAUCUUGGGAAAUAUAGGCCUAGUUGUUUGUUCCAACUGUACAAGGCUCUAAGUACAGUACUCCCCUCUAAUCGAUCCCUUUCACAUCCACGGGACAAACCAGCCUUUCAAAUUUACACAAACGUAGGCCAGUCUAGCAAUCAUAAAAUAAGAUUGGGGACUCAUGUGUUUAGCUACAAAGAUAUGGUUGAGUCAACAACUUGAACAACAGAACUCGCAGAGCAAAGUGGACACCACAGGAGUGCAGAUCUCAAACAUUGAUGUUCAGAAGUUUUUGCCGGGGUUCAGGAAGUGGGUCACCAACACGGGCCACCAACACCAGACUGGUGACGAGUGAAAAUAAAAAGCUUUAACCAUGAGUGUGCAAAAGGCUCCGAAUGAUAAAUUCUUCUAUUUCUGCUACGCUAGCAAUCUAUUAAAGUCGAGGUUUCAUCUUUAUGUACCAUCAGCCGAGUUUGUAAGCCCAGCGAAACUUGAGGGUUAUAGAUUGAAUUUCCGCAGCUACCCUGGAUGGACCCUCGAAACGAGUCAAUGGAGAGGGUCGUUAUGUUCCAUUGAAGAGGAUCAACAGGCUCAUGUAUGGGGAGCAAUAUGGAGACUGGAUAAAACUGAUGUCAAAGGACUAUAUCCGACCCUCUACCGAUACUCUUCACCGGAAAUCACAGUAACAACCCCAGAGGGCCACACCUACUUAUGCCACACCUACCACAUGGCGCCUGACUUAGAGGGAGCCAAUGAGGAGCCUCCGUCACCCCACUACAUGAAGGUCAUGAUCGAGGGCGCUAUAGAAUCAAACCUGCCUUCGUCUUACGUUGACUACCUAAAAACAAUCAAGGACAAUGGCGAUACUAAUCCUCCACCUGUCAUGGCUCAAAUAUAUAAGAAAUAGGGUGUGGUCAUGAAAGUUAAGUGAGACUUGCAUAAAUACUGAAAUUCAAAUUAUCAAGAAGACUCCAAAAUAUCAAAAUCAUAUUUUCCAUUUGUAUGGCAUCUUCUUUGGAGGGAAGGUAGAAAAGCAGUUGACUCCUAUUACAGAUUCUUUUUUUUAUAAAUCAAAUGCUAUAAACUGUAAGAAUGCACAUGGAAAGAAAACAUUCAAAUCAUACAUUUAAAACAAUUUUAUUAAAUAGAAUGUGAAAUAUAUUUGUACAUUAUAUACAUAUAAUAACAAUAUACUGGAUAAUACAUGCUGAAUUACUAACAUUAGGACGGUUUCAUAUAUAGAUACAGAUUUUUCAGGAAAGCCCAGAGGUCAUUUUGGACGGAAUUCUGGAAUUGUUUGUUACAAUAAAGUAGAGUAAAGGGGAAAUUCCUUAGGUUAUAGCGUGACAAUUCUUGAUACUUGUUUGACCUACGAUAACUUUGUUUUUAUCGUUGUACAUGUACUUCAGUAAAUUUUCUUGUCUCAUCUCCUAAUUGUAAACCUAAUGUGUUCUUUCACGAAUAUAGGCAUUUCAAUCUUUGGUCUUAUAACAAUUCCCUCAACACAGAACAACUCACAACUUCUUCAGCAUUAAAGACAGAAUUUGAUCUUAUUUGUUGAAAUAAAAUAACUUUGCUUUUAUUGUUGUCCUUCAGUAAGUUUCCUUGUCUAAUCUCCUAAUUGUAAACCCAUUGUGUUCUUUCACAAGUAAAGGCAUUUCAAUCUUUGCUCUUAUAACAAUUCCCCCAACACAGAACAAUAUACAACUUCAGCAUUAAAGACAGAAUUUGAUCUUAUUUGUUUGAAAUUUAUCUUGUUCCCUGAACAUUUCAUUCCUCCAUUCUUAAUUUUUUUAUUUCGCUGCUUGCACCUAAUGGCAUGUUUUUGUUUGAUCUGUUGAGGAAUGCAAAUUUCUAUUGAAACAUGAUUUAUCCACAUAAAAAAUGAUUCAACUUUUCACUAUCUGUAAGACCACUCAAGAUGUAUAUAGUAUAAGUGAUAGUGAUAUAUAUGAUAAUCAGAACCUGAAAAAGAUAAGUGUCAAAAUGAAUAUUUAGCAUUUGAACCUGGUCAGAAAAACUGAUAUAAAUGUGUUUAAAGGUUCGAAAACACACUUCAAUUUAGCUUCUGGGCAAUUCAAUAAAAUCAUCAACCUUUUUGUACGUCUGGCCUUGAUUUUCUCCCAUUCUUUCUCCAUUUCAUGAAUGACUGAAGCCUGAAUGUGAGAGUAUUACAAAGUUUUUAUACAAACUAGAAAACAGAGAAAAAUAUACUUUAAAAAAGGCACCAGAUAUAGGGGGUCAGGCAUACAUAUGGUAUUGAAUUGCCUGUCAAUGAUUAAAAAGGGCUUACAAUGCUAAAAGAGUUCAUUUUGGGGGAUAUUAAAGUAAGAAGGAAUUCGUUAAAGGGCCUAAAAACAUACAUUUAUCAAUUUCUUCACAUCUGUAGAAUGAAACAGCACAUAUACAGCAUAUAUGAUACAUAUUCUAUUGGUAUAUUUUUAAGUAUCAAUUAUGAACAUUUACAAGAAAAUGUAGAUCAAAAGUCCUAUCAAAACUUGUUGGCAAUGUCCGAUAAAACACUUCAAGAAAUGACUCAAUUAACAGUGCUCAUACUUUUCCAUCCUUUGUUACUACAUCACUUUAUAUAUCAAUUUAGGAAUAAAAUCAUAUUUUAAAGCCAGGA